UCACUCCCCCAUUACCCGUUCUCUGAGAAAAGUUGCUUUUCCUUUCUUUCUUUUUUUUAAAUUUUGGUUACACAGAGAAUGGGAGUGAGUUGAGGUGAGUGGGAUUCCGACGUCGAAAGCCCCCCUCUUGACGCUGCUUCUAUCCCUCUCUCUCUGUGCGUGGCUGUGUGUUUAUAUAUACAGAAACAGGGGAUACCUGCAUACCUGUCUCUGUUUUCAGGAUGUAAAGGCGUAAUUUGGCUAGAGGUUGAGAGCUUAUCUUCUUCAUCGUCGAGUCCCAAGGGAGAGUGAGGCUUCUCGUUAGGAGGAGAAGUUAUAUUUUAAAUGGCAACAGUUUGUUGGCCAUAUUUUGAUCCUGAGUAUGAGAAUUUCAGCAACAGAAUCAAUCCUCCAAGGGUCUCUGUAGAUAAUGCUACCUGUCAUGAUUGUACCUUAAUCAAGGUUGAUAGUGUUAACAAACCAGGAAUUCUGCUGGAGGUUGUACAAAUUCUUACUGACCUUGAUCUCAUAAUCACUAAAGCCUACAUAUCUUCUGAUGGUGGAUGGUUCAUGGAUGUAUUUCAUGUCACGGAUCAGCAGGGAAAGAAGAUAACGGACAGCAAAACCAUUGAUUUCAUAGAGAAGGCUCUAGGACCCAAGGGCCAGAGCAAGGAGGGGGCGAAGAGUUGGCCAGGCAAACAGGUUGGCAUGCAUUCUAUUGGUGAUCAUACUGCUAUUGAGCUCAUUGGCAGAGACCGCCCGGGUCUUUUAUCUGAGAUCUCAGCUGUGAUUGCUAGCCUCCACAUUAACGUGGUUGCAGCUGAGGUUUGGACUCAUAAUAGACGAAUAGCAUGUGUUCUUUAUGUCAAUGAUGCUACAAGCCGAUCAGCGGAUGCUCCUAACAGAUUAUCUCUCAUGGAGGAGCAGCUCAACCAUAUCCUACGUGGAUGCGAGGAUGAUGACAAAGUGGCUCGGACCAGUUUCUCCAUGGGUUUCACCCAUAUGGAUCGACGGCUUCACCAAAUGUUGUUUGCUGAUCGUGACUACGAAUGUGCUGUGGUGACAACUGACGUUAGUUAUCCUCCUUCUUUCAGGCCACAAAUCACAAUAGAGCAUUGUGAGGAGAAAGGGUACUCAAUUGUUAGUGUUAGGUGCAAAGAUCGAGCCAAGCUGAUGUUUGACAUUGUUUGCACCCUCACUGACAUGCAAUAUGUUGUUUUCCAUGCUACAAUUUCAUCAGAUGCUCCUUAUGCAUCCCAGGAAUACUUUAUCCGGCACAUGGAUGGAUGCACACUUGAUACCGAAGGAGAAAAAGAAAGAGUCAUCAAAUGUAUUGAAGCUGCUAUUCAAAGAAGAGUAAGCGAGGGAGUCAGCCUGGAGCUGUGCGCAAAGGAUAGAGUGGGUCUGCUAUCAGAAGUGACGAGGAUUCUGAGGGAGAAUGGACUAGCAGUGUGCAGAGCAGGGGUGUCAACGAUAGGUGAGAAAGCGGUGAACGUGUUUUAUGUGAGAGAUGCUUCUGGGAAUCCAGUGGACACCAAGAUUAUCGAAGCUCUUAGGAGGGAGAUAGGGGAAAGCAUGAUGAUCAAUGUGAAGAAGAUGCCGGGAGGCAAUGCCAAAGCUCCGGAGAACCACCGAGGAUGGGCUAAAACAGGCUUCUUCUUCGGUAAUUGGCUGGAAAGGUUCUUGAAUUGAAGCUCUUCGCUUGCUUGCCUGCCAGACGCAUAAUCAUCACGUUAUGUAUCCUGAUCAAAUAACGAAGUGUCACGUGCCAAUUGCCAAACAUGGGCUGUGUGCAUUUUACUAUUACUAUUACUGUGCCACUUUCUGUAUAGAUUAAUCCAUGGUUUAGGUCUGUUAUUACUUAUAGGCCACAGUGAUUCUUUAUAGUGGCUCCAUAGAAGAUCCGUAAAAUCCUACUUUAGGGAUACUGGAGACACGUCAAAAGGCAAAACUGCAGGGAACCUUUCAAUUCAAAGAAGAGUUUCCUCAGACUCAAAA